CCAAAGUUUGAGAUGCUUUAUUAUUAACUUGGUUUCUUAAAGCGUCUCAGUGCUCAAGACGUGUGAAUUAUAAUUAUGGUCAAUGACAUAUUGUUUCGUAUUAAUUAACAUUUACGAUGAAUAUAUACUUUAGUUAAUACUGACCACAUUCAUAUGAAAAUGAAUAUAACAACCGCUGAAAAUACAAACACUACUUCGGCAGGAGAGACAGCUCAUUUGCAGGACCUGGUGAUAGGAUGCGUGCUGGCAAUAUGUGGUAACCUGCUGAUUUCAGUGUCCCUCAACUUACAGAAAUACACGCACAUGAAGAAUGAGGCCCGUGAGGUUGCAAUCCACUAUACUAAGGACCCAAUGUGGUGGCUAGGGGUUAGCCUCAUGGUGAUUGGGGAGGUGGGAAACUUCUCUGCAUAUGGUUACGCCCCAGCAUCGCUGGUUGCCCCCCUUGGCACUACCACUGUUAUAGCUAACAUGUUUUUGGCAGCAUUAUUUUUGAAAGAAAAAAUUGGACCUGAAAAUCUCUUUGGGUCUGCACUAGCUGUUUUGGGAGCUGUAUUAGUUGUCGGCUUUGCACCAAAGAAAGAAAAGAUAUUAGAUGGGAUCAUGUUGAUGUCUCUUCUUAAAAAUAUGGGAUUUAUUGUUUAUACCUGUAUAGAGCUGGCUAUCCUGGCAGUGCUGCUUUUACUGCUGCAUGUGAAAAAGAUGACAAGAGUCGUCAUAUACCUUUUAAUAGUUGCAAUCAUUGCCUCGUUCUCGGUGAUAUCAGCGAAGGCCGUGUCCAGUAUGGUCCAGCUGACAUUUGCUGGCGACUCCCAGUUGAAGUACAUCUCACUGUACGUCAUGCUCAUUAUCAUGGUCUCCACAGCCAUUCUGCAGGUCAAAUACCUGAACAUGGCGAUGAAGAAGUUUGAGUCCACCAUAGUUGUGCCAACCAACUUUGUAUUCUUCACGCUCAGUGCAAUCAUCGCUGGUAUUGUCUUCUACCAGGAGUUCAUGGGCAUGACGGCUCUAGAAAUAUUCAUGUUUCUCUUUGGAUGUUCCAUGUCCUUUCUUGGGGUAUACUUCAUCGUGGUAGGGCGUAAGAUUCCAGCGGCCGUUAUACAGGCCACACAGCCUGCGCCAGACCAGCCCCCACAGUCCAUAGCCUCACGCAUAUUCCCAUGUAAGGCUUGUUUCAUCUUUCCAGCGUGGCUCUGCGCUACUGUGAAUGUAGGCAAAGUUCAGCCGUCAGGUUACACAAGCCACCUCAACACUGAUGAGGAGAUGAGGCGCCCGUUUGUCGGCUCCGAUGCCGAAGACUCAGACUCUUCACAGGAGACGCUGUACACGACGACGAAGGAAACCAACGGUAGCGUGUUGUACACAAGGAAUUAUGGGGCAGACAACUGAAUAGGGCAGACAAAACUGAAAAACACAGUGGUUAAAUAGCAUUAUGUGGCCAAAAAAAAUUCUUUGGUUAUAGGAUGGUGAUAUUUUAUGUUUGUUAAUUUGUUUGAAAUUUGUGUGUAAAUUAUUUAGUGUUAUCUGAGACGUUUUCACUGGUAUAAAUAGGCCAGACAGUACUUAGAACUUAUUUGACCACCUUAAGAUUACAACAUGUACAUGUGCUUCAAAUAAAACUUUGUUAUUAGGAUCAGAAUGCAUAUUUCUUCCUGCUUAAUAUAUUUAUUUACUUUUGAAAUGUUCCAUUUGCUAUUUGCGGGUAUUUUAUCAUAUAUUGUUGCUGAAAGAGCUUUAAGUGUAUAUUUAUUUGAAGGUAAAACUUAAGUAGUUUAUUUUUAUUAACCUACUUGAGAAUAACGUGCUUUUGGUGAGCUUUUGUGAUCACCUUUUGCCUGUUGUUAUACAUCUGUCAUCUUUCAUCAAUAUUUACCUUGUAAACACUACAGGCCACAUUUAUUUACCAAUCUUCAUGAAACUUGGUUGGAACAUUAAUGCCGAGUUGUAAAAAAAUGUAGUCACAAACUAGAUCAAUAGGUCAUCUUCAAUGAAAGGCUUGUAAACACAAUUUUUUUGCCAUGUCAUGAAAUUUGCUGAGAACCUUUGUUCCAAUUAUACCUCAGCCAAGUUCAAAAGUGUUACCUUUACAAAAUCAUGACCAUGUGUUAACCUGGAUUACAAGUGUUAAUUAACUAGGUCACCAGACAAAUCUAAGAAAAACAUUGUUACCAAUCUAGAAUGAUAAUUUUUAAUUAAUGUUGAUGAAAAUUUGGCAAUGUUCAUCUUCAAAUAUCAAGGCUGAGUUUGAAUCUGACUCACAUGCAUCCAAAAACUGGGUCAACAGAUCAUUUUUAUGAAAAACUUUGUUUCACUCUAGAAGCCAUAUGUAUGACUCAGUCUUGAUGAAACUUUGGCAGAUAAGUUAUCUUGACAAGUUCUUGGACAAGUUUGAAUCUGGGACAAUUUUGUCAAAAAAUAAGGUCACAGGGUCAAAUGUUAUCAGUCGUGUUACCACUCUAAAGCCAAAUGUAUUACUCCAUCUUGAGGAAAAGUUGUCAGAAUGUUAAUACUGACAAUAUCCAUCCCAUGUUUGAAUCUAGGUAAAGUGGGGUCAAUAACUAGAUCACUAGGUCAAAGUGUGAAAUUUAAACUCAUGUGAGCACCAAAGCAUAAUUGCCCUAUUGUUAAUAUAAACUUAAACAUAAAUAUAACAUUUUCUGCUGAUAUAUUAAACUUAAGGAGUGAUUAGAUUCAGAAGUGAUGUAAUCAAUAGUAACAUGUAGCUUAAUUCAACCUUGUUGGGAUGCUGUUAGAAACAAUAGGGUUUGGCCAAGUAUUAUUUUAUUUUGAUGUAUUAUUUGAGUUCAUUAUGUGUACCGGUAUACAUCCUCGUGUGAUCCAUAAUAUUUGAUGAUUACAAUUCUUAACCCAUCUAUGCCUAGUGGACUCUCCCAUCCUUCUAAAUUGGAUCAAUUUGUUUCCAAAAUUAGGGAUGUCUAGUAUAUUUAUUUCUAUAUUAAGAAUAUUUCUUACAGAAAUUCCUUUAAGCAAACAGCGCAGACCCUGAUGAGACGCUGCAUCAUGUGGCAUCUCAUCUGGGUCUACGCUGUUUGCCAAGACCUUUUUUCUAGAUGCUAGGCAUAAAUGGGUUAAUAUUGACAUUAUUGUAUUUGUAUUAAGAUGAAUUUACUUGAUUUGUUAAUUGCGUUAAUUAACUUGUGUUGAUUGAUUUGUAGGUAUUUUGGGUUCAUUUUGUUCAUGGUUGCACAAUAAGCAUAAUUACAAAAAUGUUAAGUGUUCAUUAUAACAUGCAAAGAGUUUGAGUGUAUACUAGUUUUAGAUAGGAUAUGUUGUAAAUCUUCAAGUUUCAAGAAUAUGUAUUGAUUAUGAGCAUGAUGAAUACUUGAGACCUCUACGUUGAAAAUAAGUUUUCAAUAUACUGUGAACAAUUGUACAUACAGACAGAUAUGUGUCAAAGCAUUGUAUGUGAUAAACAAUUUUUAAGCACAUAAAAUAGUUUCACAAUUAAACUGUGAUAGCCUUAGAAAUAGAAUAAUGGAAUCUACCCAGUUAUGGUGACUAAUGAUAUUAUGUGUUGUUUAUACAUUAAUGUGCAUCACCGUGUGCACUGUAUAUGAUUUGUUUAAGUCUCGGUUGAGAAUUUCACUGCAUGUGUAUUGUUUUCUUUAUGCCUAUUAGUGGAAUUAUUAGAAAUGUUUGAUUUUUUUAACUGACAAAAGUUUAUUAUCAUACAGUUUAUUAUCACAAGUGUUAGACUUCAGAAAGUGUUUGAGAGUACAAUGUAAAACAAAUAUAAUGUUUAUGUUUAACGUUAUCAUAAACCUAUUGUAAAUAUAUGACAUUUCUAUAUCAUAUAAAACCAUGUUCCUUCUGUUGUCUGAUAUUAUGAGGUAACAUUCCACUCACUUCCUGAAUCAAAAUUCAUGUUUUUGAUUUAUUGUUUAUCACUGCUAAUCUGUUAAUUAUUGUUGGUAGGGGAUGAAAAUUUGAAAAGUUUUAAAAUGAGAUGUUUAUUUUUAUUGCAUGUAGGUUUAGAUAUUUUGCCACAUUCAUUGUUUUUAGCUCACCUGUCACGAAGUGACAUGGUGAGCUUAUGUGACCAUGUGAUGUCCGGCGUUCGUAUGUGUGCAUCCGUCCGUCAACAAUUUGUUUGUGUAGACAGUAGAGGUCACAGUUUUCAUCCAAUCUUUAUGAAAUUUGGUCAGAAUGUUCAUCUUGAUGAAAUCUGGGUUGGGAUUGUAUUUGGGUCAUCUGGGGUCAAAAACUAGGUCACAAGGUCAAAAACUAGGUCACAUAAUAGGUCAAAUAAUAGAAAAACCUUUUGUAGACAAUGGAGGUUGCAGUUUUCAUUCAAUCUUUAUGAAAUUUGGUCAGAAUGUUUAUCUUGAUGAAAUCUGGGUUGGGAUUGUAUUUGGGUCAUCUGGGAUCAAAAACUAGGUCGCUAGGUAAAAAACUAGGUCAAAUAAUAGAAAAACCUUGUGUAGACAGUAGAGGUCACAGUUUUCAUCAAAUCUUAAUGAAAUUUGGUCAGAAUGUUUAUCUUUAUGAAAUCUGGGUUGGGAUUGUAUUUGGGUCAUCUAGGGUCAAAAACUAUGUCAAAAACAAGGUCAAAUAAUAGAAAAACCUUGUGUAGACAGUUGAGGUCGCAGUUUUCAUCCAAUCUUUAUGAAAUUUGGUCAGAAUGUUUAUCUUGAUGAAAUCUGGGUUGGGAUUGUAUUUGGGUCAUCUGAGGUAAAAAAACUAGGUCACUAGGUCAAAUUAUAUAAAAACCGUCAACAAUUUGUUUGUGUAGACAGUAGUGGUCACAGUUUUCAUCCAAUAAUAAUGAAAUUUUGUCACAAUGUUUAUCUUGAUGAAAUCUAGGUUGGGAUUGUAUUUGGGUCAUCUGAGGUAAAAAACUCGGUCACUAGGUCAAAUAAUAUAAAAACCGUCAACAAUUUGUUUGCGUAGACAGUAGAGGUCACAGUUUUCAUCCAAUCUUAAUGAAAUUUGGUCAGAAUGUUUAUCUUAAUGAAAUCUGGGUUGGGAUUGUAUUUGGGUCAUCUGGGGUCAAAAACUAGGUUACUAGGUAAAAAACUAGGUCACUGGGUCAAAAACUAGGUCACUAGGUCAAGUAAUAGAAAAACCUUGUAUAGGCAAUAGAGGUCACAGUUUUCAUCCAAUCUUUAUGAUAUUUGGUCAGAAUGUUUAUCUUGAUGAAAUCUUGGUUGGCAUUGUAUUUGGGUCAUCUGGGGUCAAAAACUAGGUCACUAGGUCAAAUAAUAGAAAAACCUUGUGUAGACAAUAGAGGUCACAGUUUUCAUCUAAUCUUUAUGAAAUUUGGUCGGAAUGUUUAUCUUGAUGAAAUCUGGGUUGGGAUUGUAUUUGGUUAGUCAGGUGAGCUUUUCAGGGCCAUCAUGGCCCUCUUGUUUAAAUGAUUUGAUAAUUUGAUAACAUAUGCUUUUAACAGUUUACAGUCCUAAUUUUAUUUUACUCUUGUACUUUCAAUAAAAUUGUAAUAUAUAGUCCUCCUGAGAAUAUGUUUAUAACCAAAGUGUGAUGGUGAAAUGGAAGUGGGGGGGUCAAAGAUAUAUGCCUAUUAUUAAUCAAACAAGUGAAAGUUGAAAAUAAACUGGUUUCAUUUUCAAGGACAAUUCGCAUGUGCAUUCACAAAAACACUGGUAUGGCGUACUUCAAGGAAACUUUGGGAUCUUCUCAAUAUUUAAAGGAAAGUAUAUCACUUCAGAAGGACAUACUUGUGUUGUCAGUUAUUAUACCAAUAUUCAGAUCUGUUGUUUCUGAUACUUCCACAUGUGUUAUUGUAGAUUAUCUUUUUACCACUUAGAUAUGUUAUUUUUACGCAUUUGUAGUCCCUCAGAAAAUUAAAUUAAGUUAAAGACCUUUCUUGCUAGAUUCAAGUUUUAAAGGCUUCAUUUCCAACCCUUAGAUACUGAUGAGCAGCAAACACCAUAAAACCUUAACAGACUGCGAGUUACUCGCAGGUUGUUCUGGUUUUAUGCCGUUGGCACAUAGCCAUUUACACUUGGCGUCUGAGAGAGAAAGGGUUAUAUCUCAGUUUCAGAUGAUAGACAUUAUCUGGGAAAUCUGCACUAACUAAACAGGGAUGGAACUUUGCUUCUAGACUGGAUUUUAGUAAGGAAAUCUGCACUAACUAAUCAGGGAUGGAACUUUGCUCCUAGACUGGAUUUUAGUAAGGAAAUCUGCACUAACUAAUCAGGGAUGGAACUUUGCUCCUAGACUGGAUUUUAGUAAGGAAAUCUGCACUAACUAAACAGGGAUGGAACUUUGCUCCUAGACUGGAUUUUAGUAAGGAAAUCUGCACUAACUAAACAGGGAUGGAACUUUGCUCCUAGACUGGAUUUUAGUAAGGAAAUCUGCACUAACUAAACAGGGAUGGAACUUUGCUCCUAGACUGGAUUUUAGUAAGGAAAUCUGCACUAACUAAACAGGGAUGGAACUUUGCUCCUAGACUGGAUUUUAGUAAGGAAAUCUGCACUAACUAAACAGGGAUGGAACUUUGCUCCUAGACUGGAUUUUAGUAAGGAAAUCUGCACUAACUAAACAGGGAUGGAACUUUGCUCCUAGACUGGAUUUUAGUUCAGAAGAGACUUCCUCUAAAUGAACAAAUCUAUGAAAUGGGAAAGUGUCAUCUGGGGUGAUACUUUGGGCUCAAGCAUUAAGCCCGGUUUUCCCAUGUUGCUGCUCAUCUGUGCUUACUGUUCUCAUUUAUGGUUAAAUAUUCUCAUAGCUCCUUAGCAUAAGCUUCAAUACUUCUGUUAGUUGAUAGCUUCAAAUCUAUUUUUUUCUUAGGUCUGGAGAUAUUUGUUUGUGCUAACAUCAAAUACUUAAACUCAAUAAUGACCAUUAAGUAUGAUUUGUAUUUUUAUUCUAAUGGAAAGCGGUAUAUCAAGUGUCUUUGAGGGUUUUUUAUGAGACAAGUUGAUAACGGCUUUAACAAUUAUUUAAUUUAUUUAUUAAGUUUUUAGAAAAUUACAUAUUAUUUAAUGUAUUGUUUGGGACCAGUUGUAGAAAUUUUGUGUAUCGUACAUAAAACUGAUGUAUAAUUGUGAUAUGUUAUAGAUCGGAAUGUUAAUAGGAAAUGGGUAAUUACAUGUAUCUGCUAUGAUUUUGCAUAUAAGUAAUUUAUGUAACGGUAUGUAUUGUUACAUAAUCGUAAGAUAUCAUAAUGAUUGUGUUUGUUUCAAAUGAUUAUAUACUACAUAUUUGAUUUUUUUUAAAUUAAUGUUGAUUGUUUAGAAAAUAAAGAUUUAUUUUGCCUUU